GUACUGUAUAGGUCAGAGACAUCAGGGGUCAAGCACCGUCAAACGGAGCACGAUACCUUACGCUCGACAAGCCCUGUGAAUGACCGACGCUGAGAAACGCUGAGCUACGUCAUACAGUACUCGGCAUUACGCUGCGCGGUGGGGUACAGACUACAGUCUCGAGAUAAGCGGUAGUGGUAGUGAUGUGAAACAUUCGUGGGUCGGAGCUGGUUGGCGGCAUCGCCAGGCUGGCAAGCACUAAGCAGGCAGGCCAAGGGAGCGGUACGGUAGAAGUUAGGUGCGAGACGCGGAGCAAGAGCGGAGGAAACAGCGCGGCGCGGCGCGGCGCGGUUUCGGCUUCUCGGCAUCGGCUUCGGAAAUGGCCGCGGGAAAGUAGAGAGCGGAGAGGCCGGAGCGUUUCGUCGCUGGCUGGCAGGCUGCUGGUUCGGUUGGUCGGUCCGUCGGUUGAUUGGCCGGGUUGGAUCGGUCGAUCGUGGUCCAAAUUUUCGGUGGAGCACCGUGCGCGCUCGUUUAUCCGGCUGUUCGUUCGGGGCCGCGCGAUCGAUUCACGCGCACCAGACGAUCUCGCAGACCAACAUGAGAUGUGAGAGCGGCGCAUCACCGAGGAAACUUGAGAAGACGUCGUUGGGAAACGGAAGCGACCUCGACGGAGGCGAGGAAUGGCGCUUGGUGGAUAUGGUUCCUCGCUCCGGUCCGGUACGCGAGAAGAGGAUGGCCGGCGACGACGGGACGACGACGAACAAUGAGAUCCUCGGCGUGGAGGGUGGGGAGGAGGGGCAGGGUACGUCAGCGCGAGGGGAACUGCAUUCCAGAGUGGGCGGCAUUCUGGAAUGCGAUCCCCCCGGUAACAGGAAUUCGUCGAACGAGCGACCCGCCGCCACCGCCGCUGCUAACAACGAGGACGGUGUCUGCCGAUAUGCGGUCGGCGCUGCUAACCGCGCUAUGUCUUUCUUCGAGAUGUGCCAGAUUCGACUACAAUAUUUGUUCCCGCAACUGAGUCCACCCCCACGUUACAAUAUCCACGAUGACUCCAUAGAAUCGACUGCGGAAAUCUUGGCCAAUGAUGUGAUGCGAUACUUGUUGAAGGAGGACAUCUAUCUUAUAUCCCAGGAUCCAGUCUCCCGCAGCAUGAGACACAAUGUAUAUCAAAUGCUCAACAAACACAGCAUUCUCUUUACGAGUAUGGUAAAUCGUUUAAACGUCGUCCCGGAUACCGCUUAUGAAACAUUCAUGGGGGUCGCCAAUGAGCUGUUCUUACACGGCGUUAUCACAUGGGCCAGAAUUGUCUGUUUAUAUGCUUUUAUGGGCAGAUUGGCUUUAUGGGCCAGGGACAGAAGAAUGCACAGUCUUAAAAAGAAAUUGCCUUUAUACGUCUCUAGAUAUGUUGGUGAAAAUAUAACACACUUUAUCAAAGGCUAUGGUGGAUGGGAACAAUUAUGUGUUGAGUAUCCAGUAGCCGAAGAAGUUAGUGGAGCAGUUUGGCGGAGUCUACUAAUGACAGGAGCUACUCUUGGUUUGAUCGCCACGAUCUUGUCAGUGACUUCCUGAUGGAACCUUACGGGAUCGUGUGAUCUGAGUAUGUUUUGUCGUCAAGAAGCUUUCGCGUACUUACGUUCUAUGAGAACACUUUCAAGUGAAAUGUAAACUGAUUUUUAUAACGAAGGCGCAAUGUUACAUUUCACAUCGGAACGAUUCGAUUCAAACGGAGGGUUUGCUACGUCUAUAUACGAGAAAUAUGCAAAAUUAACAAGAGAUACAUCAACGCGUUGACACACAUAAUUUUCAUAUCAAUGUCACUCGGGCUUAGAAUCAUCCUACUUUUUAUAUAACUCGAACAUACAUAGCAUGAGCGACAGACAAUGACGCUAGUUUCCUAUUACAAUACCUUAUAACAGACUAGUGAAAUUAGUAAAAUAUCUUAUUUAAUUCUACAAUAGACAUUUUAUAUAUUAAAGUAAUUCCUAAUAAUAAUACUCAAAAUUUUGAAAAAAUUUUUUAGAAAUUUACGCAACAAGAAACAGGAAUCUCGAAAUUGUAUUGAAUUUAGGUAGACGCAAUCUAUUUAUUUAUAAUUUAUUUUAGGUAGAAAAUAUAUUAAAUAAUAAAUUUUUCGAGUAUUUUUGGUCACAGAACCGAUCGCCACCACACACUUUUAAAUUUUAAGGGAUAUAUAUGUAAUACUGAAAAAAAACGAUGGCUACGAACUAUACCAUCAUGUAUAUUCAAAUAAUGGCUACUUUUUUAUAUGUUGAUAUAUUCUAUUACACUUGCAAAAAUUUUAUAUGCAUAUUCAGAAUAAAUACUUUUAUAAAAUAACGAUCGUUCUCCUGUAAUCAUUAUUGUGAAACAAGAGAGAUUUAAAAAUGCCUACUACAAAAAUAAUUGUCGAUCAAUAACUCUCGCAAUUCUCUACAAAAGAUUUAAUGUCAUUUUUCUAUCUUCCGAUCCCAUUAGUAUUAAAACACAUACAAGUGUGCAUUAUUCGUGUUUGCUAUAAAAUUAAUAAUUUCUCAUACACUAUCAAGUAUCGUAUUAUCAAUGGAAGUUUACAGGGUACAGAGCAAGUUACUGUUAUAAAAAUUUAAAUAUAGUUUUAUGAAGCGAUUUAUACUACUACAAAUAAAAAUCCCUCAUAAAGUAAUACAAAGACUUAUUUACAUGGUGUAAGUACUUUUGUUUUCUUGGAAGACAUCGAGUCCACAUCGUUAGAGCCUUUUUAAUGUAUCAUAAAUUAUAAGUGAUAAGUUUUAAUAUACUGUUGUGUAUUAUGACAAAGGGGAUCGAUCUUAAUCACUAUGAAAUACUAUAAGUGACGUUUGAUGUAUGUUUGCAAAUAAUCAAAAAUGCUGACUAUGUAAAAUAACACGAUCAUUCCUGAAAUGAAUACAAUCCUCCUAACUUAUCAUUAUGUAUGUAAUUUAAAAUUUAAAACAUUUAUUAAUGAGGAAUAAUAAAAGGCAUUGAUGUUUAACACUUAUACACAAGUGUAGCUUGGAAAUAAGAAAUGUAAUUAUUUUCUGUAGAAUGUCUUGUAAUGAUACAAAUUAACAAAAUAAUCGAACAUAAGUAACAAUUCAACAUUUGCAUGCGGACAAUUAUAUUUAAAAUGACAUACUUAUUUAAAAUAGAUUACGUUGUAUACUAGAACUCCGGCUUGAGAUUUACAUGUGCAAAUGCGAAAACAAUCUAAACUAUAAAUUUUUUUCACAAUGAGUAUAUUGUAUAGUAGGAUGCUGGGAUAAUAACUUGCCUCUUUUUAUUUUUUAUAACCAAAUUGGAGGAUACAUUUCUGCCAAGGAAAUAUAUUAACCAUCAUUUUCAUCAUUGAAAUCUCAUACAUAGAUAUUUUCAUACUCAUGACACUACUGAGAUCUAAAUCACUUAAAAUUUACAAUGUAUGUAUGUAUAUAUGUGGAUGGAUGUAUGUAUAUAUAUUGCAAUAUUUACAAUAUAUAUUAUAUAUUUAUAAUUAUAUAUGUUAACAAAAGACAACACCGAACAAUGAUCAGAAAUCUAUCCCUAAGGAUCUUAGAAACAUGAUAAUGCAUGAUAAUGUACGUAUUGGUUUAUAGCUACAAAAGUAAAGUCACGGUCUUUCUAUAUAUAUUACACUUUACUAGUAAAAUAGUUUAUUUUAUUAUUGUAUAAGUUUUGCCACACAUUAAAAUACUCAUAAAUACUAAAUACGAAUGGAUAAUGAAAUUCUUGAUACAAGUUUGUAAUCUACUCCAAUUAAAAUCCAAUUGUCUAUUUACGGUGCUUUUUCGGAUGUCUGAUAAUUUGACAGCUAAACGUUUUAAUUUCAUAUAUGCCACACAUUUUUUUUCAUGAAUACGAAGACUUGGCCUAGAAGUUCAAGUUUGGGUCAUAUACAAGAAAUUUUGAACAUUUACGAGUUUUAUUUUUUUAUACAGGAUAAAGUUCUUUAAUACGCUGUUGUAGUUUACUGAAUUGAAUGAAUACAGAUUAUAAAAUCACAAACUAGAGAGGAAAUUCUGGCGAGUAUAUCUAACAAUUUCCUUAUAUCUAGUCAAAUUUUGCGACUGUACAGAAAACAACUGCAUUUCAACUUUUACUUCAGAUCUUAAUGUGCAUAAUAGUAAGAAUCAACAAUUUCGGUUCAAUAAAUCUUCAAAAUUAGAUAUCUAUUUUGCUAUUAUUGAUAUUACUAUGUUUAAGUAUUAUGCAUUUGUGUGUGGAUAUAUAUAUAUAUACUAUAUUAACUGUACAAACGGAAAACUCAUUUCGUCUGCCACUUAUAUUGACAAUUAUAAGUAAUUAUCUUAUUGUAGUCAACCUUCAAUUAGUUAGCUAAACAUAUCGUCAGCAUUAUGCAUGUAGAUAGCAAUCAGAUUAAAUAAAAAAGGAACACUGAGCUAAUAAAAUAACAAUAUAAAACA